GGAGACCCCAAUUUUUCUGCCCGACAUAUUGUGUUAGUGGAUGUAUGCUUGUUUUUAUUUUCCUUUUUUGAAAGCAAGAAGCAGAGGAGAUCCAUCCUUGUUGUAAACGAUGCAGUCAAGCCUCAGCAGAACUAAAAUUUUCAAGCAAAAUCUAAGGAUAACCCAAUUGGGGAAAACGGGCCAAAUCGAAGAGGCCAUUAGAGUAUUCAAGAAAAUCACUCACCCCAACACUGUCACCUACAACUCCAUGAUCUCUGCCUACGCAAAAAAUGGCAGAAUAAAGCAGGCACGUGUGCUGUUUGAUAAAAUGCCGCAUAAGAACUUGGUUUCUUGGAACACAUUGAUAAAUGGCUACAUAUACAACGAUCAGAUUGAGCAAGCCUGCAAACUGUUUGAGAAAAUGCCUCAACGGGACUUUUUCACGUAUGCAUUGAUGAUUACUUGCUAUUCACGUAAUGGAGCGCUUGAUAGGGCAAGGAACAUUUUUUAUUCACUUCCUGAUAUGAGUAACGUGGCUUGUUGGAAUGCAAUGAUUACCGGUUAUGUGAAGAACGGGAGGUUGAGUGAAGCUAGGAAAUUAUUCGAUAGGAUGCCAGUUAGGAAUUUAGUUUCAUGGAAUUCAAUGCUUUCAGGUUAUACCCAGAAUGGGGAAAUGGAACUUGGACUGAAGUUUUUCAAUGAGAUGGAAGAGAAGGAUAUUGUUUCUUGGAACAUGGUGGUGUGUGGGUUUGUUGAGCUGGGUGACCUGGAUUCUGCUUGGGAAUUCUUUGAGAAGAUUCCUUGUCCAAAUGUUGUUUCUUGGGUGACAAUGUUGAGUGGAUAUGCAAGAUAUGGGUGUGUAUUGGAGGCUCGGAGGGUGUUUGACCAAAUGACAGAAAAAAUUUUGGUUGCUUGGAAUGCAAUGUUGGCUGCAUAUGUUCACAAUUCCCUCAUUGACGAGGCAUGUAAUUUGUUUGAUAAAAUGGCAGAAAGAAAUGCAGUUUCUUACACCACCAUGAUUAGUGGCUUUGUCCGUGUUGGAAAGCUUGAGGAAGCAAAGAACUUGUUAGAUGCAAUGCCAUACCAAAAUGUGGGUGCACAAACUGCAAUGAUUUCAGGAUAUGCGCAACAUAAUAUGAUAGAUGAAGGUCGUAAAAUCUUUGAUCAGAUGAGCUCUCGUGACAUUGCAUGUUGGAAUACAAUGAUUACAGGUUAUGCUCGGUCUGGAAAAAUGGAUGAAGCUUUCUAUUUAUUUAAAAAGAUGGAACACAAGAGUGUAGUUAUUUGGAACACUAUGAUAGCUGGGUAUGCCCAAGCAGGACAAAUGGAAAAUUCAUUUGAGAUGUUUGAGAACAUGAGAGAAAGGAAUGUUAUUUCUUGGAACUCUCUUAUUUCAGGUUUUACACAAAAUGGUUUGUAUGUGGAUGCGGUCAAGUCUUUUGUUUCAAUGUCUCGUGAAGGCAAGAAACCCGAUCAGUCUACAUUUACUUCUGCAUUAAGUUCGUGUGGGAAUCUUGCUCUUGAGUGUACUGGGAGACAACUUCACCAGGCAAUUAUCAGAAGUGGGUUUGCAAAAGAUUUAUCUAUUUCUAAUGCCUUAAUCACAAUGUAUGCAAAAUGUGGAAAUAUCUUCAAUGCCAAAAAGGUGUUCCAUGAUCUUGAGAAUGCAGAUGUUGUGUCCUGGAAUUCCUUGAUUGCCGGGUAUGCUUUAAAUGGAUAUGGGAAAGAGGCAGUCAAACUUUUCCAAGAUAUGGAAGGAAAGGGGAUGGAUCCCGACGAAGUCACCUUUGUCGGAAUUCUGUCUGCAUGUAACCAUGCUGGCUUAAUUGAUCUUGGUGUAAAUUUAUUUGAGUCAAUGAGUAAAAAGUACCCUAUAGAACCCCUUACUGAACAUUAUGCCUGUAUGCUUGACUUGCUUGGCCGAGCAGGCAGGUUAAAAGAAGCCUUUGAGUUGGUAAGUAAAAUGAAAGUGAAAGUUACACCAGGAAUAUGGAGUUCUCUACUAUGGGCUUGUCGAAUGCAUAAAAAUGCAGAGCUUGCUAGCUUUUUUUCUAAGAAGCUCAUUAAAAUCGAACCUCAUAAAACGUCAAAUUUGGUGCUUGUUGCAAACAUGUAUGCUGAGAUCGGGAAAUGGAAUGAGGUGGAAAGAGUUAGGGAAACAAUGAUCGAUAAAAGAGGGGUGAAACAACCAGGGUGUAGCUGGAUUGAAGAUAAAAAUCAGUUAAUUGUGUUUCUUGCUGAUGAUGACUCGAGAGCACAGAAAAUGGAGAUUCGUGAUACACUGAAGAGUCUAACUGCACAGAUGAUGGAUGCAGUUUGUAUACCAGUUGGUAGAUCAUCUUUUCUUGAUAUAGGUUGAUUGAUCUCAUCUUGAAUCUUGAUAUAGAACUUUUAGGAAGCUCAAUGGAGCAAUCCCUAAAUUUUGAGAUCUUGUAGCUUGUUCAUGGGGUCGAUCUUAAUAAAGGGUACAGAACAGAACAGAAUACUAUUUCUUGAUUUCAGCUGAUUACUAUUCAUUUCUAAAUGUUGUGAUCAUGAGAGCCUUGAUCAGUUGAGCAGUUGCAACAAUGGAAGCAGAAACCUCUUCAAAUGGCUA